AUGGCGCCUGUAGUGACGGGGAAAUUUGGGGAGCUUCCUCAGCCAAAGCGCCUUACCAGAGAGGCGAUGCGGAAUUACUUGAAAGAACGAGGAGAUCAGACUGUUCUGAUACUACAUGCAAAAGUUGCUCAGAAAUCAUAUGGCAAUGAAAAGAGGUUCUUUUGUCCACCACCGUGCGUGUAUCUGAUGGGCUGUGGCUGGAAGAAGAAGAAGGAGCAGAUGGAGAAAGAGGGCUGCUCAGAGCAGGAGGCACAACCUUGUGCCUUCAUAGGCAUUGGAAACAGUGAACAAGAAAUGCAGCAGCUGAACCUGGAGGGGAAGAACUUCUGCACAGCCAAAACGUUGUACAUAUCAGAUUCGGAUAAGAGGAAGCACUUCAUGCUGUCAGUAAAGAUGUUCUACGGAAACAGUGCAGAAAUCGGAGUCUUCCUCAGCAAGCGCAUUAAGGUCAUCUCCAAGCCUUCCAAAAAGAAGCAGUCGCUGAAGAACGCAGACUUAUGUAUAGCUUCGGGCACUAAAGUGGCUUUGUUUAAUCGGUUACGCUCUCAGACAGUCAGCACUCGUUACCUCCAUGUAGAGGGAGGAAACUUCCAUGCCAGCUCCCAGCAGUGGGGGGCAUUCUACAUCCACCUGUUGGAUGAUGAUGAAUCAGAGGGAGAGGAGUUUACAGUAAGAGACGGAUACAUCCAUUAUGGUCAGACCGUUAAGCUGGUGUGUUCAGUCACAGGCAUGGCUCUACCACGCCUGAUCAUCCGUAAGGUGGACAAGCAGACUGCGCUGAUGGACGCAGACGAUCCAGUGUCCCAACUACACAAGUGUGCUUUUUACCUGAAGGAUACAGAACGCAUGUACCUGUGUUUGUCUCAGGAACGUAUUAUCCAGUUUCAGGCGACGCCCUGUCCCAAAGAAACGAGCAAAGAGAUGAUCAAUGACGGCGCAUCGUGGACCAUCAUCAGCACAGAUAAAGCAGAGUACACUUUCUACGAGGGCAUGGGCCCUGUCACACACCCCGUCACACCUGUGCCUGUGGUGGAGAGUUUACAGCUGAACGGAGGUGGCGACGUGGCCAUGCUGGAGCUGACUGGACAAAAUUUCACUCCAAACCUCAGAGUCUGGUUUGGCGAUGUGGAGGCAGAUACCAUGUACAGGUGUGGCGAGAGUGUGCUCUGCGUGGUUCCUGAUAUUUCGGCGUUUCGUGAGGGUUGGCGCUGGGUCCGACAGCCCGUUCAGGUUCCCGUCACUCUGGUGCGUAACGACGGCAUCAUUUACUCCACGGCACUCACCUUCACUUACACACCUGAGCCGGGGCCACGACCACACUGCAGCGCGGCGGGUGCUAUCCUUCGCUCAGGCUCCGCCCCCUCACCUUCUCUGUCGUCAUCCUCGUCUUCCUCCUCCUCUUCCUCGUCAUCGAGCAUGCUGUUGCAGUCGAGGCUUGACGGACAGCCUGGAUACCCCACAGCCGGUGGGGUUUCUUCAUCGUCCUCGGCCAUGUCCGUGUCCUAACCUGUGUUAGUGCACGAGUGUGCGUGGGCGCACGCGUGCUGAUGGGCAACUUCGAAACUCUGCCUUUCAGAUUUUCCAAAAGGACAAAAAAAUGUUGGAAAGAGACACAGAGGUUCUAAAACUCGACCAGCUCUUUUGUUUCACUCUGUCCACAGCAGCGUCAACCCCACCGGCAACGAGACAGAACAAAUGCUUUUGCAGAAGUGCAGGUGAAGUAAAUGCGGUGGGGGAGCAACUUUUUUUCAACAUUUUCCCCCUAAAAGGGCUUUGAUGUGCUAUUGUGGAUAGAAAGAUCAUAGUAAUAUAGUUUUCAAGGACCAAGGAAUAUUAUUAUUAUUUUUUAUUGAUGUAUAAUUUUAUAAGCUUUAGCUAAGGUACAUUUUCACAUUUUUUUCUCUCGGUUUUAUAACAUAUAGUAAACUUUUGUUACCAAAUAGUUUUGUAUAUUUCGCGUGAGCGUUUGUGCUCGGAAGUAAAGGAAAAAAAAAGGUUCACGCGAUUUUAAAUGCCUGAGCUCUUCGUCAUAGCUGCCUUUUAAUCCUCUCGGUGACUGCCUUAAUCUGGACUUGUACCAGCCUUUUUUUUUUUAUUUUCUUUUUUUUGUAUUCCUGUUUUUACGUCAUGUAUAUUUGCGUUUUGUUUUUUUCUAAACUGAACUAUAAUAUUGUGUGUGUCUUUGGGAGAAGGUGACUUUACUUGUUUUGACAUCUUUAACACAAAAGCUUUAACUGAUUUGCCUAAUGACUUGCCUCUGACCAAUCACAAACUGCUAUUCCUUUUUGACCACUUUUUGUUGGAUAAAAAGUUUCGCCUUCUCGUGUACAACAUUUGCAAUAGAGCACUUAGACCUCCAAAAUUUCUAAGGAGGCUUUUGCUAACAGUCGCAAUAAUCACCGUGAUGCUUUUACCAAACCAGGCUCUGAGGUUUCAAAGUUAAAGCUGCCAAAUGCAAUUUAUUUGCCUAGAAGCCGUUAAGCAGACCGACUAGAAUAUACUAUUGCACCUUUAAGCUAAGGUGGCCUAAAACCUCUCCAACCUGGAUCUCUGUGAGCAAAUAGUUCUCAAAAUAAGACUAACCACUGCAUUUUUCCCCCUGUUGAACAAUUUGAUUCCAGAAAAAUGUGACUUGGUUAAAACAUUACAAUAGGACUGGGUCCUCAUCUGAUGUCCAGAUAAGACAUUACAGCUGCUGCUUAUGGACUGUUUAGUGAGUGAAAUGCCUUCUGAUUUUACUGCAGUGUUCAGUACAGGUUACAUCCACAACUUAAAACAAAGCAACACAUACCGAGUAUAGAUCCCAAAAAGUGAAAAUGACAAGAAUGUUGAAAUGCUAGUUGGUUGAACAAAUUUUGAUAGGUUCAGAAAUUGGCUGUUGAAUGUCUUGGCGGUCUAAAACUGAAAUUCUAAAGCCAGUUGUGUCUAGAAAAGAAAACAUUUAAAAUGAUCCUAGACCAGAACUAGACAUUAGAUUGAUUCUAGAACUGGAAAACAAAAAAGGGAUCUGCAGCGCCAAAAAAUCAAGUCUAAAACUCAAACGUUUGAGUAGGUUUAGCUCACAACAGUGUAAUAUAAACCCAGAAGUCCUUAAAUUUGAUUAAAGAUCAAAAGCUUUUACUCAAAAUUUUGAAGAAAUGGUUUAGUUCAUGCUAUAGGGAUCGUCCCAGGAUUUUAAAAGACAAAAAAGUUUAGAACUUACACUUUAAUAGAUCAAGUCUAGAACUUAAUUUUAAGUCUUCAAUCUUUCAGUCUAGUAUCAGAUACCAAGUUUUAGUUUUAGGACUAGCAUGGGCAAUGCACUAAGUCCAGAACUUUAAUGCUAUGUAGCGUUUUUUAGCCAAACAAGCCCAGUAGUUCAAAACAUUCAGUCCAGAACAUGGAAACCGCAAGCUGGAUUUUAUUAGAACUUAGACAUGCAUGACACUUCUAAUCAGGAAUUGGGGAUUUAAAAGAAUCUGAUUUAGGAUAGAACACUGUAGUCUUGUACAAAAUAAGAACUCUAUCAGAUAGUUGCAAGCCUUAGUGGAUCUGAUGUUAAAUAAAAACACUACAGUUUUGUGGCCUUUAGAAAUGUGGUUUUAAAGUUGAUUAAAAAGGGUGGGUGGAAAUAAGAAUUAUAAAAAAUGUUUAGGAUGUUUUUUACUUUAAAAUUCUAACCCAAAAUUCUACCUGGACUUUGUAGUUUAACAUUUACUCAUUGCAAUUUUAUGAACAUUACUGGAAACUGUUGUCCUGAAGUCAAGAUGACUCACAUCAAAAUCACGUGUUUGUGUGCCUACUACUUUUACUAUAUAUAUUUUCUUCACUGUCAUUGUACUUCUUGUUUGUCUGUCUUCAACCCAACUUUUAUGCAUUGACCUGUUUAGUAAGAAAGGACAUUUUUUCUCUUGAAGUAUUGUGCUCUUAACUUUUUUCGGGCCCUUUGGUUUUAUAUUUGGUAAUGAACCAGUUUGUAUGUGAGAUAUUGGGUCCAAGAGAUUUUGUCUGGUAGCGCUUCCACUAUGUUUGCUGGCUACAAAGUGCUCUUCCAUGAUUGAGAGAUCUUCAUGGCUUACAUGCCAAAGUAUAUCACAAUUCUAAUGCAGUGCAGUUUGUUGGUUUAUAUUGUGGACAUGCAACUUUGUAGCAAGUCAAAAUACUUUGGUACUUGUAAAAAUCUUGUUUGUUGUAUGACUUUUUAAAAACUAGUAGCUCAUAAAAAAAGAUGCACAACAUUAGUUUCUCUCAGUCAUGGACGGCCGUUUUGUGUCAACUUUAAUUAACCCUUUGUGCCUACAAGAAAAUGAUUUUGGAAAUGUUCCUCAGCAGCGACUCAUUUUUGUCAGCCCUAGAGGUCAGAAUUUGAAGGUCAGGACCUUUUCAGUGUUAUUUCUUUUACUUUCUUUAAUAUUCUGCGUUCCAGUAGUGUUUAUACCAUGACCUUGUCCAUUCACUGUUCUCUCUUGUUUGAAAUUCUCUUCCUUCAGACUGGUAAUUUAUAAAAUAUCAUUUAGAAACAGUGUGAAAGCAUAGUUUAUAGUUGUUCAUACCAUCUAAGAGUAGAUGUCCCAGUAGGCUCAAGGACAGUACAUUUAGAGUAGUAAACAGUACAUAAUAGUGUUUUUAGGACUGUAGAAUAAGUAAAUCAAAAGUAUUUUGUCUACAUUGUUAAACUGCCAGUUUUAAAUAUUAGAUGUUGCAAGCAUCAUGUUUCAUAAGGACAAGACUCUUCACUCUUAAACAAAACUAGGUUUACAUUAUCAUAUCAUAUCUUCUUUAGCCCAGAGUAAACAACCCAAAUCACAGUAAAAGACUAGUUAUAAUAAAAUUGGCAUUAAUAAUGGUAAUCCAAUUCAGUAGGAACAGUUUUCCUCUGUGGUCUGUUAAAACUCAGCACUCCAGUACAUUAAGCAAUAUGUGAUUCUAUCUUAAAGCUUUGGCUAUGUGGUGUUUGAUUACUUGAACUAACUAGAAAAUAUUAUAGCACUUUAUUUAACGCACAUAAUCAUGUGGCAUGGAUGUUUUUGUUAAGCUUAACAUGGUGCACACCUGGGACUAAAACUCCACUGAUUUUGGUUUAUUCUGAGCAUGAAGGUGAUUAAUAAAGCAAUAAGCCACGAGAGGCCGUGCAUUACUGUGAUUUUAGCACGGGGAUGACGUUCUUUCCCCGUGCUAAAAUCAUAACAGUAAUGCACGGUCUCGAGUGGCUUAUUGCUUUUAUAAAACGGCGGUCAACAUAAAAUAUAAUAAAUACAACAAUGUUUCAUUCAUAAAUGUAUUUAUUGUGUAUAAACGUACAAUAAAGCAUUCUUCCGCGACGCAAGGUAGUUCGAUUAACAGUGUUGCUAGGCAACAUGAGGGCGAAAAUAACAUAAAUUUUUUCUAUUCAGUGGCGUAUUAAUAUGGAAUGAUGUGAGGUGGUCAUACAGUAGGUGUGCGUUUAUCGGGGAUUUUACAACGGCUUCGAACGCGGCUCAGCCAAUCAGAUUUUAGGACCGGAACUAUCCGUUUUAUAAUUGCUGUUUUACAAUUCAGAGAGUAAAAUUAAUUAAAAGUAAUGAAAAUCAGCAGAUGCUUAACAGAUUUCUUGUCAUAAGCAAAAAUGCCUUUUGGUGCCUAAUUGAUAUGAGUGAUGGAUUGCUGUAGUGAAAUGCCUUAUUAUCAAAGUUUGUAGAAAUAAAAAUGAGAUUUGAUUUGCACUGUGUUGUCUAGCCAUAGACUUUAAGACUUUAAAUAGAUGCUUUGUAGUUGCCUAUCUAAGAUUAAUUUAGAGUUCAUGGUAAGAGGAGAAACAUGACACUAAUAGCUUGGUUUGAUGAAAUAGAAAAUCGCGUGCUGGAGACUUCUAAAUUUCUUGCUUACUCCCGUUUAAAGCAUCGUCUCCUUAAGGCGUCAACAUAGAAAAGCAGUCACUGCUGGUUGAGGUCACUAAAGUUAAAAUUUAGUAUAAUGUUUUGCUUGGAAGGUUUAUUAAAAACUGUUGAUUGAAACAAACCAAUUUAAACAAAAAUGUGUGGUGGAACUUGGUUGAAGCGAUGCUAUAAUGCGACUGCAACUUUAGAUAACUCAGUGGGAAUGAAAAAAAUAAAUGGACAUGACUAGUACCUGAAAUGUACCCGGAAGGCUUUGGAUUGACACAUUUUUCCUGUUAAGGCUAGGCAUCCAAGCAAUAAAAUACUGCAUCUGUUAAAAUUCAGAACGCUACCUGACCUGGUUCUGUAUUGUGUUAUUCUGCUAGCUAUAGGAUGCUUUUAAAGUUCAGUUAGUUAACUGUCAACUUAUGUUAAACAGGUUUAUGGUUUUUACUGGCAAAUGUUGAGUCCUGAAUAGUUAAGAACUUGCUCGUUAUGAGGAAAAGUUGACAAGUGUAUGUUAAAAGCACUACUGGAAUGCAGGACAGUCUUCUUUGGCACUCCAUCAAUGCCUGUGUUAGUGAUGGUUGUACCCAUGGUGAUUUUGUUUAACUUUUGUUUUUUACAUGUCUUUUAGCUAUGCCACUGUACUUGCUUUAGGAAGUAAAACAAGUGUAUCACUUCACUGUCUUUCAUCUGAAGAAAGGAAUAGUUGCGUAAAACAAAAUCCACUUCUGUUAUUGCUCAGAAGUCUUUGGCAGUGGGAGCAGAGAAAUUCUGAGCAAAGGGAAACAAGCUGCUUAAUAUAUUUGUGCUCACAGUUUUGAAAUCAUGACAAUACUGGGCCAGUGUAUCUGUUGCUUUGAUUAAGGCUCAUUACAUUUUGAAGUGGAUGCUGAAUUUGUGUCUUCAAAACAUAACCCACACUAUAUGGUCAAAGGUAUGUGAACAUUCCUUAAGUGUUUCAGCUACACUUAUUUCUAACAGGUCUAUAAAAUCUGCCAUACAUAAUAAAUACUUUGUGGCAGCUGUCUGGGGGAGACCCUUACCCUACCCAGCAUGACUACCCAGGAACUCUGGUGGCCAGCACAGAAUCAUGAGUCCUGUUAAACUUCUUUGGGAUAAUUGAAAUGUUGAUUGUCCCAACAUCAGUGCCUGACCUUAGAAUAGUUUUUUUUCUCUUGUGGUUAGGUGUUCACAUACGUUUGGCUAUGUAGUGUAGUUUGUGUCCUAUGUUCACAUACAUGAUCUGUGUCAUAUCUGUCAACAUUAAACGUGUUCACAUUCUAAAACAUGCCGGUCUGUCGAAUUAAAAAAUAGUGUGAAAAAUU